GUCGUUUGUCAGAAUUACGAGCUCAUGAGGGCGCUCUUGAAGUACUCAUAUGGCUGCGCACUGAUGCGCCUCGCGGUGUUACAUUAGUGUGUGAGUGUGUGUGUGUGUGUGUGGUCAUAUUCGGAGAGGAGGGGACGCCUCUGGGCAGAAACUCCCCGUCAUGAAGGGCAGGUCGGACCGGCCGCGGGCCUGAACUCCACAUCUGUCCUCGGGCCGGCGGACAAGUCGCGAUGGACUUCGUGCUGAGCGGAGCGGCGGCGUGCGGAGCGUGUCUGUUCACCAACCCGCUGGAGGUCGUCAAGACUCGGAUGCAGCUACAGGGAGAGCUCCAGAGCCGCGGCACCUACCAGGUCUACUACCGUAACGUGUUUCACGCUUUUUACACCAUCGGGAAAGUGGACGGCCUGGCCGGCUUGCAGAAGGGUCUGGUGCCCGGGCUCGUCUAUCAGUUUUUUAUGAAUGGAGUGCGGCUCGGCUCGUACGCCGUCAUCGAGUCCUCCGGUUACAUCCACACGAACGGGAGAGUCAACGCGCUCAAGACCACGAUAGCAGGGGCCGUGGCCGGAGUGGUGGGAGCUGUCAUGGGCAGCCCCGUGUACUUGGUCAAGACUCAUCUGCAGAGUCAGUCCACGUCCUCCAUUGCAGUUGGACAUCAGUAUAAACACCAGGGGAUGAUCCACGCUCUGGCAGCCAUCUACAAGCAGCACGGCAUUCUGGGACUGUGGAGGGGCUCCAGUGCUGCCGUGCCCAGGGUCAGCGUGGGGUCAGCUGCACAGCUUUGCACCUUCUCCUCCUCCAAGGAGCUUGUGACCGACCUGCAGAUGUUCCCUAAGGACAGCUUUCUGGUGGCCCUAAGUGCCGGCAUGAUCAGCAGCGUGGUGGUGGUUCUGGCGAUGACACCUUUCGAUGUAGUGAGCACGCGGCUCUACAACCAGCCGGUGGAUAAUUUGGGCAAGGGGCAGCUCUAUAAAGGAUUCGCUGACUGCUUUUCGAAGACGCUGAGAAAGGAGGGCUUGAUGGGACUCUACAAAGGCUUGGGAGCCUCUUAUUUCCGUCUCGGUCCUCACACCAUCCUGUCGUUGCUCUUCUGGGAUGAACUGCGCAAAUUGUACCAGAAGUUCAGAUAACACCAGGGACAAGGAAACGGAAAAUGGGUAACUCAUUAAGCUCUGAGUGCACAGGUUAAAUGACUCAUUAAAUGACUCAUUUAAUGAGUUUGUUAUUAUAAGGUGAAAGAAAAAACAGGAGAUGCUCUUUUCUCUUUUUUUAUGGGAAAGAGAAGGAGCAAAGGUAACAUUUUACACUCCAGUAAGGAAACAUAUGAGAAUUGACAAAAUGAGACAGGAAGAAGGAGGAAAUUUCAAAAUUACAGUCAGGACCUUGAAGCAUUUCUGACAAACACAUGCUUGAAUUUGUUUUGGUGACAUGUGUGCACAGAUAUAAUGAGACAUAGCAACUUAAAAGCUAGCCAGCUAGCUCAUGUAUGUCCUCUGGGGCAUCAGGUGUAGGGACUCUUUUUAUAAACUCAUCGGUCAUGCCAUUCCAAGACAUAUAGACGUCAUGCACUGGACACAGCUCUGUAUUUUUCUGGAGAAAGCAUCAAAUGUGGCCCACUGUUACGAGAAAACAAAGCGAUCGUGCCAACAACAGCUGCGCAUGAAGUUUAAUAUGAAGUGAUGACAGGUGGAAGAAGUAAAUGCCGCUGUUUAUUCUCAUCGCGCAUUAGUACAGACGCAGCACAGAUGAAAAUGUGCCAAUCAAACAAAUGAUCCUCGUUAGCAGUGUGUUGGUGGGAGGUGAUGCAAACGAUGAUGAAGCAACAGAAGUAAAAAAAAAUCUGCUGAUGAUACGUUUUUGCUUUGUUUAACUUUAUUUGAUGGGAAGUUUUUUAAAAAGAUCUUCUUUGAUGAAGAGCGACAUGCAAGGCAGGCAAGAAUCCUCCAAAGUCUUAAGAAAAAGGACUUAGUUUUGACCUCAUGAACAGAAGACCCAGCUUGUCUAGAAAAACUGCUUUCUUCAUCUGGAUAAAACUACCUCCACGUUCAAUUUUCUGCACAUACAUUUGUAACUUUUGAACCAGAAACCAGCAUACAGACAAAGACAAACACAGUUUAGUGCAUCUUCAUUGUCUGACUUAUUUGUUUUUGUUUUUUUUUUAUAGGGAAAGUUACAAACCUACUGUUGUUACUGAACUGACUCAUUUCAUACUGUGUAUUAUUUCACCACAGCCUGAGUUCAUUUGCAUCACUGAGCUUUUCUAGAAGGAUGAAUGUACAGUGAAAUACAAAUUAACGUCUAUUCAUUUUAUAGAUGUUAAUUUCAGAAAAGCUGCUGUUAAAAUAAGCAGGAAACUGUGAUUUACAACUUCUUGUCUGAGCCAGAAACACUUUAGGACAGCAGUUAUACAUUUACAGGUGUAAUGAAGUAAAUUUCUCCCGUGUAGCUGGUGGAAAGCUUACCCGUUACUAUUUGUAAUUGAGUUUUAACUAAAAACUCAGUCGGUUGCCUCCAAGUUCACGUAUGUAUGUGUGUGCUUCAUGGCUUCUCUUUGCCACUGUGAUCCCUCAGAUGUAAUAAUCAGCAUUUACAUUUCUUCGUUCUUUAGAAACAAAUUCCGUCCUCCAUAAGAGGAGCAACUAGUCAGUGUUGGAAGCAAAGUCUAAAAGCUUACCGUGAUUGUUUUUUGAGAAAUUUGCUUCCUGCCCCACAAAUAAUAUUCAUGAAAUCACUGAUCUUAAGUGUAUCGUGACCAUCAAUCAAAAGUGCCCAAAAACAUUUGUUUACAAUUGCAGCGGCUACAGUGACCCAGUGAUAUGACAAAGUGGUGUGUCUCAAUCACUGUUCAAAAGGAAGAUAUAAAAGAUUAACUUGUUACUGAGGAGUUUUUGUCAGUUAUUCGGCAGUUUGAUUUCGAUGUCAUUUUAUGAGUAUUUUUUUUUCUGAAGUUUUAUUUAAGUUACUUUUUGUGUGAUAUCUAAUCAAAUUAUAUUAAAAUCAUCUAAAUGAAUACUUACAAUACAAUCGUGCCACUAACAUAUAUUUUGUAAGCGUUAUUUGACACACAUGAUAAUUCAUUAUUGAUCACGUCUUUUAAAAAGAACCACAGCUGAAGUCUCUAAUCAAAUGAUCAUUGACAAUAAUUUGCCUUUGCGUGUCAGGGAGAGAUCAUUUAGCAUUAACAUUGUGUACAUAUGGUAAUUUACGUCCUCCAGCUCAUCAUGAGCAUAGUCAGUGUUACUGAGUAGCUUAAAAUAGGCCAACAGGCAGAUGAAAUGAUGAUACGUCCCACUGACCCACAGCUCAGUGCCAUUAGCGUCGCUGCACCAGUCUGCAGUAGACUUCAGGUUCUGUGAGGCCUGUACAGUUCAGCCCAGUGGGUCCAUUACCGUGACAUGGAUGCUGCUGGUACAUUUUGUACAAAACUCCUUUCUAAUGUGUGAGCCAGAUCUGGUGCUUUCUUCAUAAAGGGCACAAUAAAGUUUGCAAAGUGUCGAGAACUGAAUGAUCCAUUAUUAGUCAUUAAUCAUUUUAAUAAUGAGUGAACAAGCUUGCAACACAAUGUGUUUGUACUGUAGCUUUAAGAACAUGCAUUUGUCCUAUUGGUUUCCAUAAUAUAACAUAGGAGACGGGUGUUACUUGAGUUUAUUUUGUAUUAUGAAGUUGAAGUUUUGGUCUCCUUACCUUGCCAUUGCCAUUUUUUUAUACUUUGGAGCAACUUCUUGAUGACGCUUAUUUGUAUUAUAAACUAUGUAUGUGGUUUAUUAUGGGGCAUUCUUAAGUCUGUUAAAUACAACAAGGUAAUUUAUUUUGAAGGGUCCAAGUGGGUCAGGACAGGGCAAAUCUAACAGAUUUUGAUAGUCUUCCAUAGAUCACAUUACUAGUCUAGAAACGUUGUCGUUAAAAGACUGGCUCAAGCACAUCUGACCAGAAACUUUGUGUUGGAGCUUUUGUCAUUUGUGUUGUUCUCAUCGAUCCGGCUGAAUACAUUUUCAACGGUUCAGACACCACAAAAGUACCCAAGUUACCAAAUUAAACUGGCACAUGACUACUCCUUAAAAUAGAAACCAGAUUAGAAACCAUACAAACUAUGGCUGAUCCUUAAAGGUCUAGUGUGCAGGAUUUGGUGCAACCAACUGAAUACUCCUCGCUUCACCUUUCCCCGCACAGUGGCUGCUAAAAAAGCCUACCAGUUAGUUGAGCUUGAUUAGUUGAAAUAUCUAACAAAUCUAAACGUAUACAAAGAUUGGGGAAGGACUGAUGUCAAGAAACACACAAAUGUUUGAUCAAGUUUAGGAAAUUUUUGUUUGUAAUUUGCAGAUGGUUUCAGAGUAAAGCCUCCGAUGAUUUGUGUGUCUUUAAACCUCAUGAAGGUUGUUCUGAGUGUUGAGCAGUAUAAAUGAAUGUUACAUACAACAGCUUGGCAAUGUUUCAUGAUUGUAUCACAAAAUGCUUCUUGUUAUGGGCAGUAAUGUGUCAAUGGACUUGAAGAGCAAAUAAACUAUCAGACUUUUUCAGAAGGA